UCCGGGCCGGUAGGGGUACCGGUCGUCUGGGCCACUGAUGGCCCAGGCGGCAGGGCGGAUCAGCCAGGGCGGACCCGAGGCUGCCCCCAAACGGAGCUGCUCCGGGCAGCAGGCCCGAGAUGGCUUCUGUGACUGUUUACCCUGCUGCCUCUCGGGGUGCAUCCUGGGAAUGUUCGGUGCAGCCCGGAGAUGGGGGCCGGUGGCUCUGCGGGACAGGUGCCUGUCUCCGGAGAUGGAAGGACCAUCCUAACCGAACUUUUCCCGAGAAGAGCCACGCUCUCUCCCUAGAUAGCGAGCCUCCCAUCACCGGACAGAGCUAUCUGGCCUUCAGCCCUUCAUCCUUGGCUAAGGAAAUGACCAACCAGUACAGUAUCCUCUUCAAACAAGAGCAAGCCCAUGACGAUGCCAUUUGGUCCGUGGCCUGGGGGACAAACAAGAAAGAAAACUCUGAGACAGUGGUCACGGGGUCCCUGGACGACCUGGUGAAGGUCUGGAAAUGGUGUGAUGAGAGGCUGGACCUGCAGUGGAGCCUGGAGGGACACCAGCUGGGCGUGGUGUCCGUGGACAUCAGCCACACCCUGCCCAUUGCUGCGUCCAGUUCCCUCGAUGCUCACAUUCGUCUCUGGGACUUGGAAAACGGCAAACAGAUCAAGUCCAUCGAUGCAGGACCUGUGGAUGCCUGGACUUUGGCCUUUUCUCCUGAUUCCCAGUAUCUGGCCACUGGGACUCAUGUAGGCAAAGUGAACAUUUUUGGUGUAGAAAGUGGGAAAAAGGAAUACUCUUUGGACACCAGAGGAAAAUUCAUUCUCAGCAUUGCAUAUAGCCCUGAUGGGAAGUACCUGGCCAGUGGAGCUAUAGACGGAAUCAUCAAUAUUUUCGACAUCGCAACCGGAAAACUGCUGCAUACGCUGGAAGGCCAUGCCAUGCCCAUUCGCUCCCUGACCUUCUCCCCGGACUCCCAGCUGCUCGUCACUGCCUCAGACGAUGGCUACAUCAAGAUCUAUGAUGUACAACACGCCAACUUAGCUGGCACACUGAGUGGCCACGCGUCCUGGGUGCUGAACGUGGCGUUUUGUCCUGACGACACUCACUUUGUUUCCAGUUCAUCGGACAAAAGUGUGAAGGUCUGGGAUGUGGGGACGAGGACCUGCGUGCACACCUUCUUUGACCACCAGGAUCAGGUCUGGGGAGUAAAAUACAAUGGAAAUGGCUCAAAAAUUGUGUCUGUCGGAGAUGAUCAGGAAAUUCACAUCUACGAUUGUCCAAUUUAAACGUCAAGGUUUUCCACUCUGAUGCUGCAGAAUGUACAGAUCGAACAUACCAUUCCCUAUCUUUGUAGCUUGUUUCAAAGAAAUACAGCAUUUAUUAUAGCAGAAACAUAAAUUUUGUAGAUACAAUAUAAACCUUUUCAUGUUUUAUUGGAAA